UCAUUUCUAUUUUGCAUAAAUCUUACUUUAUUAUCUCCAAUUAACUGAACAAAACCCCAUUUUCUUAUAUUUCAUGCCCAAAUGAAAUGUCACAUUUAGUGAGGCACGGAGGGAGGUAGUAUAUACUUAGAUAUAUACUAGCAAAUGAUAUCUUGGCAUGUGUUAUAUGGCUGAUUGUCUUUAUAUACUUCCCUUCCUUUACCAAAAAUAGUAAAGCCUGUGAGCUAGUUCACACAUGAAUUCAAUGGGAUCAGUUGUUGGAGAGUCUGAGUCAUUUAAGCACUUUGAAUUCGAUGACACUCUGAAAUUAUUAUCAGAUUCAUCCACCUUGAAAGCCAUCCCUUCCAAAUUCAACUUCCCCAAUGACCGCACGGCUUUCACUACUGAUUCAAUCCCAAUCAUCGAUUUCUCAGCCCUUGUUGGCGGCGAUCCUCAUCAACGAUCCAAAGCUGUCCACGACCUCGCCACAGCAUGUCGGGAUUGGAGUUUCUUCAUUCUUGUGAAUCAUGGGGUGCCAGAGAGAUUGAUGAGUGAAAUGUUCAGGGAAAUGGUAGAAUUUUUCAAUUUGGCUGAUUCGGAGAGGAAGCAAUAUGAAGCCAAGAGUGCCUCAGAUCCUAUCAAAUGUGGAAAUUUCAGCGUCGCCAACACUUCAAACCAAAGCUUUACAUUAUGGAGGGAAUAUCUUAAGCUCUAUGUCCAUCCCAACUUCCAUUGUCCUCACCAACCUCAAUUCUUGAGGGAUGUGGUGCAGGAAUACACCCAUAUGAUAAGAGUAUUAGCUAAGAAGCUAAUCGAAGCAGUAUGUGAAGCCCUAGAAUUGAAUCAACGUGAAGUGGAUGAAAUGUUGAAGAUGGAAUCGAGUUUUCAAUUACUUGCAACAAAUUACUAUCCACGUUGCCCUCAGCCGGAUCAAGCCAUCGGCAUUCCGCCCCACACUGAUGCAGGUCUCUUCACUCUCCUCAUACAUAACGGCGUCGCCGGUCUUCAAAUUGAGCACGACGGAAAGUGGUUCAAUGUCGAUUCUCCUAAGAAUUCUAUUUUGGUCAACGUAGCUGACCAACUUGAGAUAUUCACCAACGGGAGGUGUAAGAGUUUGAAACACAGAGCGGUGUUGAAUGAAGAGAGAGAUAGAAUUUCGAUUGUGUUGGCGAAUGGUCCCUCAGGGGAGGCGGUCAUCGGACCGGCGGCGGCGCUGGUGGAGAAAGAUGGGGGGCCAAAGUAUUAUGCAAUGAAGUAUGAAGACUACGUGGAGUCGCAGCUCACUAAAUCACGUAUCGAUGGAAAAUCCAUGUUGGAAAAACUGAUGAUAUAAGUGAAACGAGCAUGUCGCAUUAUAUAUUUGGGCCAACUUAAUAAUCACACUAAGAUCAAGCACGCUUCUAGUAAUUAUUAAUUAAUAAUUAAUCACUCCUUCUGUUUCCACUAAAAA